GCACGCGGGCGCGCGCGGAUUUGCACGCUUAGCUGCCAUCGUGCGCUGCCUGAGCUUCGAUCUCGGACGCCGCGGUCUCUUUCGAACCACUCGAGGGUCCAGCAGAUCCAGCAGUCGCGCAGCGGUCGCUACACCGAGCUUUCAAAACAAGCUCUGCCAAAGCCAUCCAAAUCUGUUGCAGCGCUUUCGAGCGCUUUCGAGCGAAUCCAGUCAAAACAUGCCCCGCCAGCAAGCCUAUUCAACGAUAGACGGCAGCACGCCGAGCCGCCGCCGCAAGGCGCUCCUCGCCAUAACGGGAGCCGGCGCGCUCAUGCUCGUGGCCGCUCUCGCGUUCAACGUGCCCGACGCCCUCCGAGGCGCGAUCGAGGACCCCAAAGCCGCCGAAGCCUUGCAGAAGGAUGUGUUGACGGGAGACACCUGGGCCGCCCCGGAGGCGAAGAAACGGUGUGAUUGGAUCUCAAAUCAUUACGCAGACAAAGACAGCAAAUUAUCAAAGGACGACCUCCACACGAAGUACAAGGCCCAGGGCAAGGACGCGAAUUCGUUUUAUCGAGCGACCGCGGACUUGUUCUGGCACGACUUUGUCAAUGGCGGGUGGGGCGAGUUUGACCUGUUGCGAUUGGCGGACCCUCUGAAGGACGGCUCGCCUUUACAAAGGACGUCGACCUGGACCUGGGUGACCGGCGACCAGCACCUGUCGAACUUCGGAGCGUUUCAUGCUAGGGAUGGGGACGUGGUCUACGGGAUGAACGAUUUUGACGAGGCGGUAUGUGUCCCGUGUCUUAUUACGCCAUCGACGCGACUCGUGUCCAUCUCACAAUGAAGUGGUUGGUCUCUUCUUCGAUUUUGGGCCGAUUCGGACCGCGUCGAUGGCGUCACCGAGAGCGCCUCGAAACACCAACGCCGCGCAGGUCAUCUACGACUUCCAGGUCGACGUCUGGAGGGUGGCCGUUUCCAUCUACAACCACGCCCUGACCAACGGCCUCACGGAAGCGAAGGCCGAGAGUGCGGUGGAGACCUUCUGCGAAGCGUACGUCGAGGUCGUCAAGGGCUACGUGGGCAACGAGGAUGCUGAAUUGUUUGAAGUGAAGGCGAGUACGACGCCGAAAGAUACCGCGUUGCAUAAAUUCCUGAAGAAGAUGCAAGAAAAAGACGAGGACAAGGCCGUCAUCAAAUUUACUGAAAGAACUUCCAGUGGAUUGAAAUUCGUCAAGUCGAAAGAUACGUCUCUGGAAGAACUUCCCGAGGACAUCGAAACUAAAAUCCGAGAAGGCUUCGCGAAGGAGGGCUACCCGGCGACGCUGCCCAAGGUCGCGUGGCACGCUCUUGAAUACAGUCCUGCUUCAUUCAAAGUUUUAGAUGUAGCAAGAAGAGUCGGGUCGGGCAUCGGCUCCUUCGGCGUGGACCGAUUCUACGUCCUCUUAGCGGGCGAGGAGCGCCCGGCGGCGGCCGACGACGAUGCGUAUGAUGUGCCGAGUGACGAUAGAGCUGCGGAGGAAGAUAAGCACUCGAGACGAGCGGUCAUCUUGGAUGUGAAGGAAGAACCGAGCCCAGCGGCCCGGGACGCCUUCGAGGCGACGUCUGGUAAGACUGGUGAUGCGGCCUGGUUUGACCACCUCUUCAAAAAUCAAGCUGCUAGAGCGGUCAAAGCCCAGAGAGCCAUUACGUCACUCACGGACCCCUACGCGGGCUGGGCCAAGAUCGACGAGCGAGAUUUCGUCGUGAGGGAGCGGUCGCCGUACAAGGCGUCCUUCGACUUAGAUGAAUUAGAUACCUAUCAAGACUUCGCCGAGUACGUGGAACAGAUCGCGGCGGCGACGGCCACGUCUCAUGUGCGCGCGUCGGUGGGCAAGGCGCCGGCGCACUUCAAGGAAGUGAUCGACGCCGCUUUAGGGACGUCGUACGCGCGCAUGACGUGGGCCGACUCCGUCGCGCGCGUGGCCAAGGAGUACCGGGAGCAGGUGCUCCUGGACUACGAGUGCUUCUUCGAGUACGCGAACAGCACGGUUGGGCCUUUAUAGCAAGGGGUGUCGACACUUCUAAGCACAAUAAUUAAAACCUAUAGAAACCUCCACGCCAUAGAUGGCGUCGCGGCGACGUGCGGCGCGGCCGUCAAAGUAAAAC